GAAGACGCAGGUGGGCGAAUGACCUCGCGAGGCUCGCGCGCACCUUCACAGAAGAAGAAAACGUCACGCGGAGUGCGGCCGCGUCCUGCCCCGCUGGAACCUCUGGAGAAGCCCAGCCCCCGGUCGCGCCAUGGAGGAGAGCCCCUUCGCCGCCAGGGACUUCGUGGUGGAGAGCGUCCUCGGCUACUUGGAGACCGAGGAGCUCUUCACGUGCGCCGAGGUGAACCGGCUGUGGCAGUCGGUCGCCCUGUCCCUGCUGCGCAGGAAGCUGGUCUCGGUCUCCGUCUGCUGCACGCCGGACUCGGAGCGGGCUGCCCUCGCCUCAGCACUGGGCAGCUCGCACGUGUGCGUUGACAUCUUCUGCUCCAAGUUUUCGCGCUUCCGAAACAUCGCGCGCAUGGCAGGACUGCGACCGUCGCUGGUGUUCCUCUCCCACCACGUCGACCUCGGUGAGGACAAGCGAGUGGUGGAGCGCCUGCGCGAGUUCCUGCCCGCGGACUCCGUCGUCGUGUACUUCAAGCUGGAGCUCGUCCCAACAGUGAACGACGCCGAGGACGCCAUGCACGAGGGCAUCUUCGGCGAGUUCCUGUUCCGCGUCGAGGACGACGUGUCCGCCAAGGCGCCAGCCACCACCUCCGAAGAGGCCGAUGACCAGCCGUGGCAACAACCGGAUGGCGCCAUCCCCGGGCCGUCGUCUUCGACAUCUGGCUCGAGCCGCGAGUGGUGGCGACCACGGGUCCAAGGCGAGCAGUCCGCACCGCCACCGGGCCUCGCUGCAGACCUGCCCGGCCCGUCCACCGCUGUGGCACCGCUGCGCCCGUGGCCUCGGCGUCCGCGCCUGGCGCCGGGCGGCGAGCGAGGUGCGUUGUUUCGCAACGUGCUCCCGGGCGUGCUCGUGUUCCAGGCGCUGCACGCGACCGCGGCCAACAUCGAGGGCAACGCGGUCACCUCGUACUUCACGGAGGAGGCCACCGGCAGGACCGUGCAGGUGACGUCGGCGGCUGUCUUCAGCGUCAUGCCGAGCAGCCAGCUGGAGCCGCUCAUGCGCCGGCUGAGCGAGGAGUUCGGCUCGACCGACGACGCCAUCGCCGUGGUGUUCCCGCGCAACCAGGACGAGGUGCUCGGCGAGCUCGAGGCGUUCGAGCGCCACUUCCCCUCGGUGCCGGCGCUGGCGAACCAGGCCACCGAGUUCAACGUGGACGGCCAGUACGCGCCCAUGAGCAGGCUCAAGAUGAUCCUGCUGCUCAUCAAGCUGCUCGACUGAGCCCGCUGAGUGGUGUACGUCCGGGCUGUGAGAUCUCGGUAUCGCAAGUGGGACAGAGCUUCGUCACCAGACCCUACGCCGCCCUGGGACCACGCCGUCUGAAUUGUAUAUAAUAUGCAAAUUAGAGGUUGCCAUAAAGGGAACCGCGCAUCAGCGACGUUCGAUCGAUUGUUUGCCUACUUAACAAAUUCGCAGAUACGUUAUACUUUUGCGAGAAUUUCGCAUGUGUGUGGUUAAAGAGGUGUACUCUGUUUUAGUAACUGUGCUUUCAAAUACGGGUCAGUUGAACCAGUCAUGGCGACGUCCGCGGAAGCGUUCUUGGGUCGAAGUUCAACCUAUCACGCUUGUCUUACGAUGUUCUGAGAGACGCCCGUUUCCUGCAGCUGUCAGUCCAGGGCUCUCAGUUCAUGUCCAUGAAAAUGUUGACGUGGAAUUUAUUACGUUCGCGUUUUAAUGGUGUGAACGUCCGUUUCACACAGCUGACACGGGAUGCUGGUUGUACGUCCGUUUGGAAGGCAGUGCACCAACCAGAUUUUUCGGAGAGUCUUCGUCAACUGUCUUGUUCGUUACAGUGGCGCAGUUAGUGUUAGCUGUGCUCUUGCAUAUUGUUCUCUGGCGGAAUAAAGUCGUUGAUGUUGGCAAGUGCACGUUGGGUAUGGUCCUGUAGACAGGGGAAGGUUACGUGUGUGCAAGAGCUCGUUCAGCAAGAUUAACAUAGAAAAAAAAAACCUUGGCAACCUGGCUUAUGUUCAGUAAAUAAGUAGAUUCUUGCACGAAGCAUGCGAAUGGCGUGGACUGUCUAGUCAACGCUUCAGACAGUAUAUAUCUCACUUCAGAACUAGGCUGUCUCCAGGGACUUUUUUUUUUGCCUCAGAAUCUCGGAUAAAAGAUUUUGCGCUUACUGCUGACUCGUUCUUGCUCAGUUUUUCGGCAAGAUUGCAUUUUUGACGCUGAUGAUUCAAUGUAACGCAUGACACUGUCACUUGAAUUAUUUUUUAUAGAAAAGGAAAAAAAGCCAAGUUACCUUUGUCGGCGCCUCCCGUAGGCACCUCCUGAGCGGUAAUAAAAAAGAAUAAAAUGAAUUCGAAGGGAAUGUAAGAAUUUCGGAAAAGAAUGAGAUUCGUAGCAACUUUAACCAUGCCGUAGCACCGGAAUAAUCUUGUUCUUGCGUUGUACCAGAAGGUAAAAUUCCUUCUGCAGUCGAAUACGUGGCAGUACUCCUUAAAUGCUGCCUGUAUUCUCGCUACAGUGUUUGGCGUUAGAAAGCGUACGCAGAUUUCCCUUUGCCUGUUCUCUUUCUCAUUUAACUUCGCCAUGCAUUGUCAACUAGGUCAAGUAAGCAUUCUGGUGAAACGUGUGUCAAGUGUCGCCACCGCCUUCGCCUUGGACUAGGGCACCAACCCUGUGAUUGCAGACAGAAGAAUCCAUCAGAAGAUGGAAGACGCCGUCUGAAGCCGCGAAG